UUUGUCAAAAUAACUUAUUUUAGUCGCCUUUUUGGGAAGUCACCUGCGAGAAAAAGUUUAAAAUACUGAAAAAUGAGUGAAGAUAUUCAAAGAAAAUUACAGACCGAAUUAGACGGCUUUAAAAAUAACCAAAAAGAGCUGCAAAAAGCGAUUGCCACAAGACAACAAUUGGAUGGACAACUAAAUGAAAAUGAAAUAGUCAAAAAAGAAUUAGACCUUCUCCCAGCAGAUGGUAAAGUGUAUAAAUCUGUAGGACCAGUAUUAAUCAAAACUGAUCUAGUUGAGGCGAAACAAAAUGUUGGUAAAAGGAUGGAUUUUAUUAACAAGGAAGUAAAACGUGUAGAUGAACAGAUUAUAUCAUUGGAAAAGAGGCAAGACAGUCACAGGGAAACUUUACAGAAAUUGCAACACCAAUUUGAACAGGCACAAGUCAAAGCUGCCAUACAUGCUUAAUAUUGAUACCAUAUUGUUAAUUUAUAUUAAAAUAUACUAAUUUUCACUUUA